AUGGAGUUGAUCUCCCUUUCGUUUCUCACCUUUGCUACUCUUCUCCUGGGCGUCGCCAUCAUGGCCUUCUUCCGGCGCAAAGAUGCGUCGGCUCUGGAGCCCAUCAGCAAGAUGCUAUCAUCGACGGCGUUUAUCGGCUCGCAGACGGGAGGAGAGUCGGUCAUCAAUUAUUCCUACACGGAUCUCCCGUGGACGUUGAUGAUGUGGGAUGUUUAUUAUUUCUUUCAUUAUCUCUGGGCCAUAUUCUAUGUUGUUUGGCCUGUGACGCCAACCGACUCGGCCGAGCUGUCUGAGCUGUCUUUUACUUAUGGCAACGUGCUAAGUUUGGCGGUCCAUUUGGUCCUGGUCGUUUUACAGCUGGCCUUCGUUGUUGCGUUGCCGUUUAUGAUCAUCUUGCCAGUGUGGACGGCGGUAGGGUCGAUUGCUGGCUUCAUGGGGGUCAACAAACUGCUGUGUGUGAUAUUGAAUGGCAGAGGAGGCCAGGUCGAGUAUCACAGUGAUCCAGAAUAUGCCGAGGCGAGAAAGGAGCAUGAGGGAGAGGUGUGGAUAUUUAUCAAUGGUGUUGCUGCUGGAAUGCUGUAUCCAGCGAAACUGGCAGUGCAAGUGUCAUAUCCCGUUGCCGGCCCGGAUGCCACUAAAGACGUCCGAGUCUGCUACCGCAUCAUCAAAGAAAAGCUCUACGAUCCUCAAAACACCAAAGUCGUCUUCAUCCUCCACUCUCAGGGUGGAAUCCAGGGCAGCCUGAUUAUCGACUGGCUGCUUCAAGAACUUCCUCAAGACAUUCUCUCUAAGCUGGAAGUCUACACUUUCGGUAACGCAGCCAACCACUUCAACAACCCCCACCGUCACGUCCGGUCCCAGAGAGCCGCCCUGAGAAACCCCCUGGCUGCCAAGACAGAUUCCACUCUGGAGGAGAAUGACGGGACAAUCACCAACGUCACCGACGACACAGCCCCAAAUGCCAAUGCCAAAGCCAAUCUCACUCCCGAACAACAAGAGGAAAAGAUCCCCUCUUUGACCUCCCUUGCCUCCUCAACAUGCUCCGCCCGCCCAUCCCAGCUCUCGGACCGCGCCAUCGGCCACAUCGAGCACUACGCCCAUACAACCGACUUUGUCGCCUUAUGGGGCGUCCUCCACUUCACCACCUCCACACUCGACUCACCCACUAUGCCCAGGUUCAUAGGAAGAGUCUUUGCCCGGUCUAGCCCCCGCGGCGGUCACCAGUUUGUGCAGCACUAUCUCGAUGGGAUGUUCCCCCUCCAGCGCGACGCCAACGGGAAGCUCCUACGCGACAGCGACGGGAAAUUGGUUGGGUGUGUAGAAGAAGGGGAUAAUGAGUUCAUGGAGAGUGAGGUCAUCAUUGGGAAUGACGAGGGGGCUGAUAUUGAGGGGGAUCUGGAGGGGGAACAGGUGCAGAUUCAUAGUGUCAGUCCUACGAUCUUGAGGAAGAGGGCAACGUUUAGGCGGGAGGGGGUGGUGAAGAUGAGGGUCAGGGAGUUGAGUCGAUUGUGGCAGUACAGAGAUGGUGGGAGUCCGGAGGAGCGUAAGGGGAGGAGGAAUGGGGAGGUGAGGAAAGGGGUUACGAUCUGA